GGACGUCCCACCGCCGCCUAGAGAUGCUGCAUCCUCCCUGCAAAGUGAGGAGCUGGACGAAGCUGGAAAAGAAUGACGGAGGGUCAGAGAGGAUGAGGAUCUACUGACAAAGUGAGGAGCCAAUGAUGUCUGGAUGUCAGACUCUGCAGAGAAGAUGGAGCUGGAAGAAGUCCUGACGUCUGGACCAGAUGAAGAAGAAAUGAAAAGACAACAGAGAAGACGUCACUCAGGCUCUAAAUUUCAUGCAUCCCAGGCCAAAACAGACGAUGGUUCGAAUUAUUACACCCGAAAGGAGCCUCAUACAGGACGAGCUCAAAGAGCGAAGCUGAACAAAUCAGACAUCGGCUCACCCACCUGCUUCAAACAUGUCACUCAUGUGGGAUUUAAUGCCGUGCCUCGUUUUGAUGAUAGUUCAGAAAUGGACUUGAAAAGGUUGUUCAACAUGGCAGGUGUCAAAGAGGAGCACCUUCAAGACCGUGAAGCUGCAAAUAGAAUAUUUUCUGUGCUAGAAAAGGCAGGCAGCAUGGAGGCUGUAAGGAAGCAGACAAGGCGAAUGACAUCUGUGGAGAAGCCAAGCACACGUACUAGACUUCGUUCUUUGUCUUCUUCAAGCUUAACGCCAUCAAAAAGACAACACGGUCUUGAACAGGAUUCUCCCCAUGUUGCCAAAAUUGCAGCAAUCUUGGCACGUGGCUCUCACUUAUACCACCCUCCAUCUGUAAGUAAAGUUCCGCCGCUGACGCAACCUCUUCCAACUUGCCACUUCCCAUCGAUGAGACCUCCUCCUCCGAUGCCUCCUUAUCUGAAUGAGUUGUCUCAAAGCUUUUCUCCAGCAGCUGACCUUCCUGCAGGUCAUCGUUCAAAGAAAGAAUAUCUCCCUCUGAAUCUUCUCUCUACUAAAAGCUCCAUGAAACCACCACCUACUCUACUUCUGGUUGCAAAAGCUGUUACUUCAGAAACUGAUAGUCUUCCUCUUCCACCAUCUAUUCCAGACCAUUCCUGUCCUGACUCUAAAAUAAACAUGGUGUCCUCACCUCCGUCUCUUCCUCACUCUGAUAGCUCUUCAAAUAUAACCAAAUGCGUACCUGCACAUUACCCUUCAUCCAUCCCAAGCAUUGAGCCAACUAUUAAACUUGGGGAUGUUCCAUCGCCUCCACCUUUUCCGCAAGCUGAUAACUCGGGAACCAUUACUUCAUGUUACUUCAAUGAAUGUCUGACUAAAUGUGCUGCUAUCCCACUACCUCCAUCCCCUCCCCCACUCAACUUUAACAAACAGUCUGAGGAUCUACCAUCUAAUAGAUCUGAGUGCUCACUCAUUCCGCACAACACUGUGGCCUCCACUAAAGAACCAGAACACCAGACUAAUCCUGCUAUGUUCUUGGACCAGAUCAAGCAGGGCAUCCAGCUGAAAUCUGUGACUCAAACUGUGAAAGUUGAGAAUACAGAAUGUUCUCACAUAGUCACAGCGUUAAUGGAUGUCAUGAAGAAAAGGCACAAGGCAUUGCACUCCUCAGAUGAGGAAGAGGUGGAGGACGAUAACUGGGAAGACUGAAGUUUUACUGUAGAACACUUGUUGCACUUGUAUAUUAUGUUGUAAUCGCUAAAUAUUUUUAUACUAGUAUUUAAAAAGUUAAUAAAGAUGGCAAC